GUGAGGAGUUCAUGACCCGCACCGCCCUGGUGCAUACAAUUGCAAAUUUGAUCAUCUUAUCCGUGGCUACGGUGGCGGAAAUUGCAUUUGGCAUUGCAAAUAUCGAUAAUUUGCCCCUUGUUUGUGAUAGUUUCUGCCCAUCGAGCACAAAAAUGGUGACGAUUAUGAAGAUUCUGAUGUUGAUGGCACGUCGUCGGAGGGUACAGAAGUGCCUGGACACGCUGCAUGAUCUCUAUCUCUCAGAGACCAUUGAAGAGAAUGUGGCAAUAAAUGCUCGCAUUUCACAUUUCGGCAGGAACAUUACUCUCUGCUUGGCAUUCCUCACAAAUGUCACGUGCUUCUCCUACGUUGCCAUCCCCAUUGGCAAGUACUUCGUGGAUACCUACAGUGGGACAGAAUAUGUGCGGGAGUUGCCAUUUAAAUCUGUGUUUCCCUUUGACCCGUACAAGAGUCCCGUGUACGAAAUAACCUACAUAAUACUCUCGUAUUCCGGCUACAUCACCAUCGCUGGCAUCGUUGGAUUGGAUGGGCUCUUUGUCGGGUUGUGCCUCCACAUUUCGGGCCAGUUCCAGAUCAUUCAGGCCAACAUUAACACACUCGUUGAUCGGGAGAUUGCCCCCCUACUGACCCAGAGCUCUACAGACGAUGAGUUCACGAAGGAGCAAAAUGAGGUCAUCUACCGACGCCUACGGUCCUACGUACGUCGUCAAAUUGUCACGAUCAGCCUCUGCGAAGAGAUGGUGGAGAUCUUCAAGCCAAGCGUUCUCAUGCACUUCAUCUCAGCUGCUUUUGUCAUUUGCUUCAGCUCUGUCAAUCUCAUCCUGUCUUCGGGGAUUACGGUGUUCCUCUAUGCAAAUUACAUUGGCGCAGCCACAACUCAGCUCUUUCUCUAUUCCAUUGGCGGGACUUCUAUCUCAACUUCUAGCAGUGAGAUCUGCAACUCAGCGUACUUCUUUGAGUGGCACAAAUCCAAUAAGGACGUCCGGCGUCUGCUGUUGAUGCUGAUGAUGCGGGCCCAGAAGGAGAGUGGGGUGUUUGUGCCCUUCUUCCAGGCCUGCCUCCCAACAUUCGCAACAAUUCUACGCACUGCUGGUUCCUACAUUGCUCUCCUUAAAACAUUCCUCUGAAGAGAGAGAGAGUAGCUGCAGCACGCGCACGUGUUUCACAAAACUCAAUGUUCCACCCAACUCCCGUCGACAAUGGUAAUGAUGAUGAUGGAAAAUAAGAUUUUCUACACAAUGCCAUCAAAUUAAAAUGAUGGAGUGCGGCAAGAGCUCCGCCAGAGCCUUAAUAUCCACCAAUUUGGUGCAUUAAGCACACUGUGCACUCAGCGAAAACCACGUACCACGCAAGUUAACCCCCGUGGUGCAUAUCACCACGAUCGAGAAGAACCACGAAACGUGGGCAUAUUCACAUCAAAUCGUGGUACAACUUUCAAAAUGUGUGUAAAAAUCACUGAAGAGCUUUAUCCUCGAAAAAUUAACCCAUGAAAUAUGGUACUUGUGGUACUAUUCACCUCGUAUGAUCACAAGCUCUGGAAAUCAACCAUGUUCGUGGUGCAUUAGCUCACGCGUGAUCCUACGUGGUAUUUGUGACGUAAGAAUUUCUAUUGCCUCAAAAAUUUAACCCACAAUCAGUGGUGCAUUUGCCCAUGUGUGGUUAAACGAGGUAUUAUGGAUCUGUAAGUUAUAUGGACCUCAAAAAUUUAACCCACACUUGGGGUGCAUAUGCUCACACGAUGGUUUUACGUGAUGCCUCAUUUUUUAUUAUCAUCUUUUGCAAAGAAAAUCAACCCCACUUCGUGGUGCAUUUGUCCACGAUCGUGGUACAAGAGUGUGAACUUAAUUUUUUUUCACUUCAUUGUACCACAUCGCUACAGUCACAGUAGGUACAAACGCAGAAAAUCAACCCCUAU